AUGGUCAAUGGGUCUCCAACUAACCCCUUCACUUGCCAGAGGGGUCUUAAACAAGGAGACCCUCUCUCCCCCAUGUUGUUUCUACUCAUGGUUGAUGUCCUGUGCAGGAUGCUUCACAAUAGUUGUGACCACGGGGAUCUUUCUAAACUCCAUUUGAAGGGCAUGCUCAACGACAUCAAGUCGUUACAGUUUGCAGACGACACAAUUAUCUUCUACAAGGCUAAUCUCACAGACAUUACCAAUCUUAAAUCUAUUUUAUAUCUCUUUGAAUAUACCUCUGGGCUAUCUAUCAACUUCUCCAAAUCUAACCUAUUCUACAGUGGUAAAUCAUCUACCAAGGGGCCUCUCCUAGCCAACAUUCUCAAUUGCUCCUUUGCAUCCCCUCCUUUUAAGUACCUCGGCCUUCCCCUGAAAAGAGGAUCCCUCUCUAGGGCUGAUUGGCAACCUUUGCUCAUCUCUCUCCAUCAUAAGCUCUCCAUAUGCAAGAGUAAACAACUUUUCAUUGGUGGAAGAUGGGAUGCAGUUUGCUCACCUAAAGCCUGUGGAGGUCUUGGAGUCUCCAAUCUGAUGCAGUUUGCUCACCUAAAGCCUGUGGAGGUCUUGGAGUCUCCAAUCUCCACUUAUUCAACAUCUCCCUCCUAUCCAAAUGGCUAUGGAAUUGGAGUCUCCAAUCUCCACUUAUUCAACAUCUCCCUCCUAUCCAAAUGGCUAUGGAAUUUCCUUGACAAUAGCAACUACGUAGGAAAAGUCCUCCAGUCCAUCUAUCACUCCAACCUGCACAACCCCUCUCCUGUUUAUCAUAGCUCUAAAUUCUGGAAGGAUGUUACCUCCUGCUACCAAUUUUUUACUGGAUCUGUCAAAUGGGCACUAGGUUAA